AGAUCAGGCGGGGUUUCCCACCUAGCUAACAAACAUGUUCCUGAAGCAUUGAUAAUGCAACAUGGUCGCUGGAAGACCUCCGAGGCUAAAAACAGAUACGUCAAAUGGGAUACCAAAGAAAGAUUAGACCUGUCACGGACACUUUUCAAAGAGUAAUUGUCGAAUAUGUCACUUCUGGUUAUACAAUGUAUACAAUAUUCUAUACGUUCUUUGGGGGUUUUCCUUUUUGGUUGUGUGUAAGAAUUUGCGUUAAUUUUCUAUUGAUAGUCAGCAGUACUUAUUAAAACUAGGUGAGAUGUUUGUAUUAACAAGUAUAAGGAUCAGAUGAUCCGAAACGGUCAGGUGACUGGUCCAGUAUAUGAGUUAUAUUUAUUAUUUAUGAUUAGUCAGCAAUACUUAAUUUAAAUUCAUUGAAAUUCUGCAUUAACGAGGUAAGGAUCAGAUGAUCCGAAACGGCCAAGUGACCGGUCCAGUAUAUGAGUUAUAUUUAUUAUUUAUGAUAAGAGAGUCAGCAGUAAUGAAUUUAAAUUCAUUGAAAUUCUGCAUUAACGAAGUAAAGAUCAGAUGAUCCGAUACGGUCAGAUGACCGGUAAAGUGUAUAAUAAAAAAGAAAAAAAAGGAAAAAAAAGGGGCAUAUGACCAGGAGUUUGCUAAACAUCAGCGAAUCUAGUUGGUGAUGAGUGGUUCAGGUGAAUCAGAUGAUCCAAUAUGGACAAUUAAGAUGAACAGUUAAAUGUAUAAUUCAAAUUGAUGGCCAGUAUUUCUUUAUUUUGGACGUUAACACAUAAUUUUCAUGUCUAUCAUAAGUGGCAUCAAAAAAAAAAGAAGAAGAAGAAGAAGAAGAAGUAAGACUAUCAGUGAAAACUCGGUGUUUGUGAUCCCACCAUUAACCCAUGCUGCAAAUAAAUAAUUAGAAAAAAAAGAAGAAAAAAAAAAUCCAAUUGCCUCCGUUUCCUUAAUGGCGGUCCAUUAAUACUAAACUGCUUUUCAUGCGUAUGAGCGAAGCGAAGUAGCAUGAAAUUCUAAAUUACUGAAGCGUUCAGCGAUCUUUUGCUAGGACAACGUUGACACCGGUACACCAAAUGUAGGCUACUGUUCAAGGUCAGUACUUCACACGCACAGAUCGAGGCGACUGCACGAUGCAUAUAGUGAUUAUAUAACAUUAUAUAACACAGUCUGCCAAAGUAAAAAAUCACUAAUGUACGUGCAGCUGUUGGUGUUCUGGAAUACUGCAAGGAGCCAUCCUAGCUAGCACUAGCACAUGCUCUAUGCAGAGGCCUACGUGUACUUUAUCCACCAGGUCAUCAAGAGUGCUUUCAGCUGAUCGUGGUUAUGGACUGAUUAGCAUAAAUUCCCAUUCAGCAAUUCGUACACUCUAGUUGGGGAAAGGCGAGCCGCAUACAGAGUCAGAAGAUUGUGGAUCUUUCCGGAGUACUUCAAAUUUUUCAGACGAGCUAGAGUUGUAAUCCGGUUGGAGCGUGACGUCAAAUGGCGCUUUUGUACACAUGGAAACCUCUGCACUCCAUUCGUUACCUCAUCCCCAGUUGUGUUUCCAUCUUGAGAGCCGAGUAUCCGAAAUGCAAGGCAGACCUUCUACCGGAACUUGCCAAGCAUGAACUGAACCAUGCACCUUGCUCGUACGGACUGGUCGAGCACCCAGACGACAAACGCGACGAAGAAACUCUGGUGGGUCAUGUCCGAUUUCUUCCAGUCACAAACCGACAGGGGGCGGUUUACGCCGAGGGCUUCUGCAUUGAUGUUGAAAAGAGAAGGAAAGGCAUCGGUGAACUGGGCACAUUGAGAGCAGAGCAUCUGGCGAGAGAGCAGGGAUACAAAGAAUUGUUCACAAGCAUCUAUCCUCAUUUCAAAGAAUUCUACCUCAAGCAAUCUUGGUCCAUCUUCAAGAAACCGCUACACACACUGGGAGCAAACCUGCUCCACACCAACACGUCGGUCAAUGGUGGUCCGAUAUUUGUCAGUUGGCCAGGCAACACACUGUACCCAGGAUGGGAGUGGGUGUACGAAGGGGGUAUCAUGGCAACGGAGGAAGCUUUAGCAGGUGAAUUCUCGGGCAUUGUUAUGGUCAAAUACCUUAAGAGAUAACACGUUUGCACAAACAUAGGCCCUGGAGGUUGGAGCGUUGAAAACUACACAGUUUGGUUCUCUUUGAUGUUCAUGCACCUUAAGCGGCACGCCGACAGCCAAACUCGAAAAUUACAUUUUGAGAAAAUUGAGUUUUAAGUUUGGACACGUGCCUUUUUGGACACAUGACUGUGUUGGAGAUGGAAUAAUGCAUGACCAAAGAGAUCAUUUUUGUCUUAUUUCUUGCAAACUUUGAGCCAAAAAUCCGUGGAUUUUUUUUUUUUUUUUAAAUAUGAUGAAUUUCUUGCACUUACAUUCUGUUGCUAGAUAUUUAAUAUGUUAAUGGCAAAAUAGUGUAUUUCAAAUUACAUGUAAUUUCCAUUACACAAUAUAUAUAUAUGGCAAAGCGUUUUAUCCAUAAGUUACAUGAUUUAAUGCCACUACAUUUGUAUGGGAAAACGAUGUGUCUUGCAUUUAAUUAUUGAAAUUCAUUGCAUUUUGUGGCAAAACGAUGUAGCUCAACUUGAAUAUUUUUUUUCCCAUAGCAUUGUUAUUGUAAAAAGUUUGAGCUAAAGCAUUUCAUUUUGUGCAACAAGAUAUUUAACAACAACAGUAACAGUUUGCUUAGGACAAUUCAUGACAUCUUACAUGGAAGGAGAAUGAUCAUUCAAACAUAUCAUUUUCAUCAAGGAGAUGGGUAUAAUGAUGUUGGUGAUUGUGUGAUAAAAUGGUGAUGACAAUUAAACGAUAGUAUCGAUGGGAAUGACUAUGAUAAUGCUACAAUGUUAUUGAAUUAAUUAUCACAAUGAACAAAUUACACACAAAAAACUUCAACGUCAAAGGAAUCCCACACAUUACCCUUCUGUUGCAUGCUUCUGCAACCCUUUGCUCAAUUCAUACAUCAUUGAGCUGCAGGGAAAUGGGGUACUCAUUUUAUUCUUUUCAAGUUAAAAUUGAACACAUUUUUCGAAAUCGGACCAAUUAUUAUCAGCCAGAACAACUGAGUGGUCAAUAACAAGACAAUUCUUCUCAAAAUCACCUGCUUGAGGUUUAACGUGCACAAGUUGAAUUCCAAGUUUACCAAACAGUAGAUUUUCAGCCGCGAUAUUAUGUCAGGAUUAAGUUGAAAUAUAGUGUAGACUAGCUUCCAUCAGAUAUGUUGGACAUAGUUUGAGAGGGAUCUACAUGGUGUGGGUAAUACUCUUUUGUAAAAAAAAAAAAAGUUCAACCAAAAUGCUGCCCUUUCUAUCAGUUUCAAGAAGGAUAUUGGCACAAUAAUUGUGCAGAUUGAUUUGAAAUGACUAUUAAAAGAGUAUUCCAUAGCAAGCUUGAAUUGUCAGACUUGCGUCUAAGGGCCAUGUGCAUUCUAACGGCUUUUGGCAAACUGCAAUUUGAAAGUUUAAUAUUAAAAAUACAUACAUGUACUGAGUUUCUAGAUAAACGAAUUAAACUGAAUAAUUCUUUUAUUUUUUUUGAAGCACUAAAUAAAGUUUGUGUCCAACAUAUUCAACUAAUUCCAGUAAUAAGGGUAUUUUGCCAAAAGUAAAAUUAGCAAUCGUAGGCAUUCAAGGUUUCCUACAUUUUCCUUAAAAAAAAUUCGUCACCGACACCACGAAGUAACACUC